AUGCCUUCCGCGUCACUUUGCAAGCCUCCACCGCUCCCUCCAGGCAAGGAUAAACACCAUAUCGUUGUGCUCGAAGGGAUCCACGCCGAAAUGCCGCCCUUUGACUUUCCACAUACCAUUGAUGUCCACCAACGGACUGCGCCUUCCGAGGUCGCGGAACGGAUCAAAGACGCCACAAUUGUCAUCGCCUGCGUCGUCCCCGUGACACCAAAAGCCAUGGACAAUGCUCCUCACCUCGGCGUAUUGGCCGUAAUGGCCGUGGGGAUCCAUUGGGUCGACAAGCAAGACUGCGCCCGCCGAGGCGUCACAGUCACGAAAUGCCCGGCCGGCAACGUCGACGCCGUGACCGAGCACUUCCUCGGCCUAUACUUCGCGGCCCGGAAAAGGGUGGUCCAAGUGCACAACAUAGUCACCAAGACGAACGAUUGGGUUGAAAAGGGCUCGUUGACCAAGCUGUGGCCCGGUGGACCGCCCAUGGGAGCCGGACAGGAGACAUUGGGUAUCAUGGGAUACGGGACGCUGGGAACUCGACUUGAAAAGCUGGCAAAAGCCGUGGGGUUUAAAGAAGUCCUGAUCAGCGAGAGGAAGAAUUCCCCGACCGUGCGUCCAGGGAGAGUCAGUUUCGAAGCGACGCUCGAAAGAGCGACGGUUGUGGCAAUAUGUUUGCCCAAGGAGCACGACACGGUCGAUCUGGUCGGCGAGGCAGAGUUACGGUCGAUGAGAAAAGAAGCUCUGAUCAUCAAUGUCGCGCGGGGAGGAAUCGUCAACGAACACGCCCUGGCCAAGGCGUUGAAGGAAGGCUGGAUCGCCGGUGCUGCGACCGAUGUGUUGGAAACAGAGCCCGCAGGCCUGGGAACGAGUCCGUUAAUUCCCGACGUCGCGAAUGGUGAGGAGGAGGUGCCGAAUCUGACGAUAUCCUCGCAUAUCGCGUGGUUCACUCAGUCCACCAUCGAGAACUACCAGCGCCUGCUCAAGGAGGGGGUUGAAGGAUGGGUCAACGGCACCUUACAGCAGGCCGAGGACAAAGUGCAUAAAGUCGUCGUGGUACAUAACGGUACUGUGUGGAACUGA